UUGUGUCCGUCCUCGAUCGCAGCAUUUUCCUCACAAAGAGCGCAUAGACAUCUCGUGCUCGCGACGCUCCCACGCUGCUCUCUGGUAGACUUCGCACCGCAGUCAUGAAGGCCUCUCUCGCUGUUGUCGCCUCCACGGCCGCUCUCGUGGCCGCGCAAGAGUACACCUCGAUCAACACCAUCAUCGACAACGUCAAGAACAUCACAAACCAGACCAACCACCUCAUCGAGCUCGCCGAUGCUCUCAAACCCACAGACACUCUUCUCGCAGCUCUCCCGCUGAGCGAAGCCUCCAAUGGCGUGCAAGCAGCUAUCAACGUCUCCAUCGCCAACGCCAAAAACCUGCCCGAUCCGCUCCCACCCGCCGACGGUAUCAAGCUGAUCCCAUACAUUCAACAACUCAGCAACGCCUCCGUCGACGCCAUCGCAGCCUUCAUCAACCAGCGCAGUUUCUUCCUGCCAAAUGGCGCCGGUGAAAUUGUCCUGACCUCGCUCGCGCUGCAAAAUGCCACAUCUUACGACUUCAACGCUGAGAUCGCACGACGUAACCCAGCGAACCUGCAAGGGCCUAGCGCAGAGCUUUCGCAACCCAUCUUCAAUUCUUUGGCGGCUGGCGUGACGGCUUUCGAGGAUAACGGGACGAAGUGCGCGGAUGUUGCAUCGUGUUAUGCCGCUGCGGGCGUCACGAUGCCAGGACAGCAGAUGGAGUCUGCGGCGAGCAUGAAGAAGCUGGUGAGCUAUACGAGUGUGAUGGCGGCUGCUGUUGCAUUUGCUGCGUUGAUGUAGAGAUUCAGAAGUGGAGAUUGGAUUUGGAUGAUGUUUCACGGCAGGUGGGGUGGGAUGAUGCAUGAUGAUGGCUCUUGCCGUCUUGAGUGCUGACAGCAGUAGCACGAUAUACUCUUCGUGUCAACUGCAUGGCAGCUCAGUGCUUCGCAGUUCAGGCGAGCGAACAAGGAGGUCGACAGAACCGAGGGCGGGUCGUUCAGCAGGCAUGAGGUAAACG